UAGCGCGCGCUUGCUUUUGUAUAGAGAGAGAGAGAGCGCGCGUUUGCUUUUUAGAGAGAGAGAGAGAGAGCGCGUUUGCUUUUGUAGAGAAAGAGCGCGCGCGCGCUUGUGCUUUUUGUAGAGAGAGAGUUUCUGCAGGGGUGAAUCUCUUCAUGGGGAAACUCCAUAUUGAUAUUAACGUGGUUCCUACUGACGAAGACUCCAAUGGAGAUGGACCCAGCUCAAUCACGAAGAAUGAAAAGCAUUUCGAGAUCAAGAAGUGGAGUGCAGUGGCCCUUUGGGCAUGGGAUAUUCUUGUUGACAAUUGCGCCAUAUGCAGGAACCAUAUAAUGGAUCUAUGCAUUGAAUGCCAGGCAAAUCAAGCAAGUGCAACUAGCGAGGAGUGCACAAUCGCGUGGGGCGACAAGGUGGAAUCUCGAGAAGGGUCAAGAACAAAAUCUCUGACGAUGAACAAAGAGUAAUUAAAAAUGAUAGCAUUGGCAACUGGAGCAUGAAGGGUGAAUCCUCAUUUUAAAGAAGAAAAUAUAGAAAUGUGAAUACUAUUUCUUUUAUUUUUAAUUGUGACAAUUUCAAUGCUGUAAAAUAUGUUCCAAGUAUAGGGGGAAUGGUUUCAAUGCUGUAAAAUAUGUUCCAAGUAUAGGGGGAAUGGUUCUGCAUGAGUUUGAAAUGUAUAAUUCUGAUUCUAAAUGCCCAAAAAGAUGAGCAAAUUUCAUAUUGGUGUCAAUGAUCAGUAUAAGCUACUUUAAUAGUACAUGAGGGAUUUGUGACAGCUCUACCCCUAGAUAAACAUUUGAAUAUAAGCUUUAUGAACUAGAUCCUGACUUAUAGAAGGAAGUGAUUCCAGUACCAUAUAGGAAGGUUGAUAAUGAGGACUUUAUAAUAGGAAUUUACUGUAGCUGACCCAUGCCCGGGUAAAGGGACGAGGUUGUGUUAGGUAGGCAGCCAAUGUAAAACUUUGCCAAAACUUAUCAUGAAACUUGUAGCCGACCCGAAUUAGUUGGGAAAGGCUUUUAUGAUGAUGAUAAUAGCAAUGUACUAGCUUCAAUCCUAUCUUUUAAGCUGAUACUUGCCAUUGAAACUGUCAACCAUCUCUGUGUUAGACAUCAAAAAACUACAAAUUGAUUUGUUUCAUGUUUUCCUUGUCUACAUAGCAAAAUGUAAGGAAAAUAUUUUAUACACGGAUCAUUCUUAACUAAUUAAACUAUUGGUAUGUGCACUUGCUAUUCUGGUUCCAAUUGGAUCCAAUCCUUUGAGAUGUUGGAUAUUGAAUCCAUCCACAAGCUAUUCACUAGACGAUAAAAAAUGUAUGUGUUUACUGUUUUUGUAUUAUACCAUGGUUAUUUAGCAAGAUACAAGGAACAGAAGGCCAGAAUGAAGAAAUGUUUACAAUCAUCAUUUCUCAGACUAUAAGAGAAACUUUCUUGAAGGUCCUGGAAAACUUACAUGGUUACACCUGGGUGCAAGGAAUAUUGUGCCCUAGAAAUAUCUUCCCCUGGCGCAGUGGACCUGAAAAGCAAACCAAAGUAAAUACGGUUGCAUCCUUAUUGUAUAGGCCUUCUUUGGGUCCAUUCAAUUGUGUCACAUUCUGAAUGUAUGGACUGGUAUAUGCAUGUUCUUAGAACUUGGUUUGCCAGUGGCAUGAGUAAGCUUCAGAUCACUUUUAAGAUCUAUCCCACAAUCUUUUAAGAGAAGACCCAGUUUCAAAAUAAGCAUUAAAAGAUGGUUACCUUUCUUUUUUCCUUUCACUUCUUCUUGGUCUUCUUUGUCAAUGUGUCAUCAGCAGGAAAAUGGAGGUCGGAAGUUCUUCUCGGCUUCAUGGGUUUUAACCAAUGGUUUAAAAAACAGAUCGGUGACCCGGAUCGGGCUUCCAAAAAAUCGAUCCGGAUCGGCGAAUCG